AUGACACUAUCGCUAACCACCACCCACCAAUACCACCAUCACCACCCGCCACUUACCACCACAAACCAUCAUUACCAGCCAUCUCCACCACCACCAAACAUCACCACACGUGAUCACCACUCAUCAUCACUACACACCACUACUCACCCAGCAACACCACUAAAACCCACCAACCCACGUAUCACCCCACCACCCUUCACCUCCACCACCACCACCACCCACCACCCACAACCACCACCCCACCACCACACACAACAAACACAAACCAACUAUCACCUAGCACCCCAUCACCACCAUGCCCUAACUCCACCACCACCCACCACACACUAUCAUGCAUCUCCGCUGCACAACCACCACCCACUAUCUACAACCACCAACACUAUAUGUGAUUAA